CGCACAACGGGCGGCGAUAAAAUCCCACGGAUCUCUCGUUUCGGUUCGGUUUUGAGAUAGUUUCGUUUUGGGGGGAGAGGACAAAACACAGAAAACCCAAAAAUCAACUGUCGCGUUCGUGGAGAGAUAAAUAAAUCGAAAAAAGUGGGGCCCAGCGUGUUUUGAAAUCGGUUUUGGCAUCGCCCCGACAAGCCCCAAACUGCAAAUGCAAAUGCUGCACAUUAUCCGUUAAUUGGCCAGAUAAAGAGCGUGUGAUAAGCGCCAGAGCAAUAAUUAUCCGAAAUAAUUGAUUGCAAACCUUGAAUUUAAAAGUUAAGUUCCCAAAACAAAACAUGGCCAUCAGCAAUAUAGCCUUUCUGGCUCUUUUGGCCCUAAGUUCCCUAUGCGGUUUGGCCAGCGCCACCUACAAAGUGGGCGUAGGUAGAGCGGACAUCACAGGUCCUCCAGUCGAGAUCAAUUUUAUGGGCUAUGCCAACAUCAAGCAAGUGGGGCGUGGCAUCCACACCCGAGUCUUUGCCCGUGCUUUUGUGGUGGAGGACGAGAAGGGCAACCGAGUGGCCUUCGUGAGUGCCGAUGCCGGAAUGAUGGGUUAUGGAUUGAAGAGGGAGGUGAUUAAGCGGUUGCAGGCUCGCUACGGAAACCUCUACCACACGGACAACGUGGCUAUAAGUGGCACCCACACCCACGGAGCACCCGGAGGAUUCCUGAUGCACCUGCUCUACGAUAUCUCCAUUCUGGGCUUUGUGCCUCAGACCUUCGAGGUGAUGGCUCAGGGUAUCUAUUUGUGCAUAAAAAGGGCCACGGACAAUCUGGUAGAUGGUCGUAUCUUCCUGUCCAAGACCACAGUCCUCAAUGUCAACAUCAAUCGUUCUCCUUCCUCCUACCUGAGAAAUCCUGCCGAGGAGCGUGCCCAGUAUGAACACGACACGGAUAAGACCUUGACUCAGCUGAGAUUUGUGGAUCUGGAAAACAACCUGCUGGGCGCCUUCAACUGGUACGCAGUCCAUGCCACCUCAAUGAACAACACCAACAAACUGGUGACCAGCGAUAACGUGGGCUAUGCUGCUCUGCUCCUGGAAAAGGAAUACAAUCCGAACAAGAUGCCCGGCAAGGGCAAAUUCGUGGGUGCCUUCUGUUCGUCCAAUCUCGGAGAUGUUUCCCCUAACAUAAUGGGUCCCAAGUGCUCGAUUUCCGGCAAUGAAUGCGAUCUCUUAACUUCCCGUUGUCCUGCUGGCGAGGGAGAUUGCUUCGCCUCUGGUCCCGGUAAGGAUAUGUUUGAGAGCACCCAGAUUUUGGGACAGAGGUUGGCGGAUGCUGCUCUGGGUCUACUCAAUGAGCAGAGCCAGGAGUCCACUGCCCGGGAAGUCACUGGAGAUGUGAGGUUUAUCCACCAGUUUGUAGACAUGCCCAAUUACAAUGGCAGUACCUACAACCCGCUGAGCAGGAAGAUCGACAAGGUGCGGGGCUGUCAGCCUGCCAUGGGUUACAGUUUUGCCGCUGGCACCACCGAUGGGCCUGGAGCCUUCAGUUUCGAGCAGGGAACCACCACGGACAACGCCAUGUGGAACUUCGUACGCGACUUCAUUGCUGCUCCCACACAGGAGGACAUCAAGUGCCACGAACCGAAACCGAUUCUUUUGGCUACUGGAAGGGCCACCUUCCCGUACGAGUGGCAGCCAAAGAUUGUGUCGGAUCAGAUCCUGAAGAUUGGCGAUGUGAUCAUAGCAGCCGUGCCCUGUGAGUUUACCACGAUGGCGGGACGUCGUCUGCGUAACCAGAUUCGGGCAGCUGCCUCGGCUGCCGGAGGUAUAGACACCGAGGUGAUCAUCGCCGGACUGACCAAUAUAUACACCAGUUACACGGUGACCCCGGAGGAGUACCAGGCGCAGCGUUACGAGGCAGCCUCAACGAUCUUCGGUCCCCACACCCACUCCAUUUACAUGGACGUGUUCGAGCGUUUGACCAAGGCUAUGAUGCGGAAUGAGACAGUAGAUGCGGGUCCAAGUCCGCCAUACAUGAACGACGUAAUGCUGUCGCUAAACACCGGAGUUCUCUUCGACGGACACCCCAUCAACACGGACUUUGGCUACGUGAAAUCCCAGCCCAACAAGGAGUACGGCAUCAAUGAGACGGUGAAGGUAACCUACAUAUCCGGAAAUCCGCGCAACAACCUUUUCACCGAGAAAACCUACUUCACUGUGGAGCGAAAGAUCAACGAGGACCGCUGGAAGGUGGCCUACACGGACGCCAGUUGGGAGACGAAAAUGAUCUGGCACCGCACCAACACGAUCCUGGGCUUCAGCGAGUUGGACAUCUACUGGAACAUCAGUCCACAGACCCUUCCCGGGGAAUAUCGCAUCCGGCACUCUGGAGAGUACAAGUACAUCCUGGGCGGAAAGUAUCCCUACGAGGGCCUCACGCACUCCUUCACCGUUAAGGAGGAUUAGGUCCCGGACAUCCAAGUGGAGUGAUCCUAUAAAUAUUCCUGGCCAGACACUUGUCGAGCCCAUCAAAAUCAAAAACCUACACUGAAUCCAUGUAUUUAUUUACCAUUUGUAAGUGACGAAGGAAAGCUUUAUUUUUGCUAACGCGAAUAAAAAAGAUGCCAAAUUAUGUUGAAACUAA